AUAAAAUAGUAGAGAAAGAGAACUUGUGGGUGCUUUUUCCUGAUUAUAAUGUUUUACGAGGAUUUAUUACACAACAGAAGUGUGAAGAACGUGGGAAGAAGCAUUAAAGUCAACUUGAAGACAAAUUCUUUUAAAUUUACUUUACAGUCCUCGUGGUUUUGGUAUUCAUAAGAUUCGAUCUUCUUCCUCAUAUAGCUCCUCCUCUUCUUCCACAAGUUAAGACUUCUCAAAAUCAGCACUAAUCUCCUUCUCCACCACAACCACACAAUGCUUCUCCAUUUCUCCCCCACAAAACCCCUCUUCUUCCCACCCAACCCCCGCCGGAACCCACCCCUCUCUCCUCCCAAAUCCCUCCGCAUCCGAGCCAUCGACGCGGCCCAGAUCUACGACUACGAGACCCACCUAAAAUCCGAGCACAUAAAAUCCACCUCCCUAAAAAUCGCCGUCCUCGGGUUCGGAAACUUCGGGCAAUUCCUCUCGAAAACCCUAAUCCGCCACGGCCACGACCUAAUCACCCACUCCCGCUCCGACUACUCCUCCGCCGCCUCCUCGAUCGGCGCCCGCUUCUUCCACAACCCCCACGACCUCUGCGAACAGCACCCCGACGUCGUCCUCCUCUGCACCUCCAUCCUCUCCACCGAGUCCGUCCUCCGCUCCUUCCCCUUCCAGCGCCUCCGCCGCAGCACCCUCUUCGUCGACGUCCUCUCCGUCAAAGAGUUCCCCAAAACCCUCUUCCUCAAGUACCUCCCGAGAGAGUUCGACAUCCUCUGCACUCACCCCAUGUUCGGACCGGAGAGUGGUAAACACUCCUGGUCGGGUCUCCCCUUUGUCUACGACAAGGUGAGGAUAGGGGAGGAGGAGUCUAGGGGAGAGAGGUGUGAGAGGUUUUUGAAAGUGUUUGAGAGUGAAGGGUGUAGGAUGGUGGAGAUGUCGUGUGAGGAGCAUGAUAAACAUGCGGCUGGGUCCCAGUUUGUUACGCAUACGAUGGGGAGGGUUUUGGAGAAGUUUGGGGUUGAGUCUUCGCCGAUUAAUACGAAAGGGUAUGAGACGUUGCUUGAUUUGGUGGAGAAUACGUCGAGUGAUAGCUUUGAGCUUUACUAUGGGUUGUUUAUGUAUAAUCAGAACGCGCUUGAGCAGUUGGAGAGGUUGGAUAUGGCGUUCGAGAGUAUUAAGAAGGAGUUGUUUGGGAGGUUGCAUCAGGUUUAUAGGAAGCAGAUGUUUGGUAGUGGUGGUGAUGGGAAGAGAAGUGAGCAGAAGUUGCUUAAUAAUGGUCUUGGUGUUCCCAUGAAAGAGGAGUCGUCUUCAUCAUCUUGAUUCUUAAAUUACAAUGUUUGUUUGUGUUUUUGGUUAUGAAUAAAAAUGAAAGUUAUAUCGUUUUUUGGGAAAGACUCUUGAGUGUUUGUGUUCAUGUCGGUCAUGAAAAAUUUGGUAAUCAUUAUGCUCUGUGUAAUUAUCUUAUUCACGUAAUAUGAAAGCACAGAGAGUGAAGUGACGUAUAGAAUCUAUAUGCGUCAAGAUCGACUAAAUAUAGUCCCAUACGUAAAGAAGCACUGAUAACAGAACAUUAAGUAAUACCUACCGAAAGAAGUUGGAGUUGACAAGUGGAUUGAAGCGGUGUUUUCUUCGAUAAGCCUUAUAUAGUCUGUAAGUAUAUCG